UCCUACAUUUGAAUGCCAGCGCUUUUGCUGGUAGAGCGCCUAAGUGACUGAGCCCCGGCGUCGCGACGCUGACAGUUGCUCGUAGCCGGCGCGACGUGCGUGUCUUCUUCGAACCUCGAACUCGUGCAGAAAUAGAGUGAAUCCGGCGUGUUAUGAGUGAUUAUUUUUAUUGGAGUGUGCACACAUGUGAGGAUUAUGUGAUCAUCGGAUGAAUUGAGGUCACAUAGCUAUGGGAAGUCUGAUGAAAAAAUCGCUAGGAGGAAGCAUACAUCGAAUCCGGGAAUUUGAACUUGAAAAAGUAAAUUUAGGCGACGAGUUUGACAUUCUCCAGAUCGUGGGCGAAGGAUGGUUCGGCAAAAUCCUCUUAGUCGAACACAAGGCCACCGACACUGAAAUGGUCCUGAAAGCCUUACCCAAACCCUACACGGCCAUCAAGGACUUCUACAGAGAGUUCCACUACGGUCUCCACCUAGGAGCUCACAAGAACAUCAUCACGACGUACGAUGUGUCCUUCGAAACGGCUGGCUUUUACGUUUUCUCGCAGGAAUACGCCCCUUUGGGUGACCUAACUUCCAAUGUGUCCGACACCGGCAUCGGCGAACUCCACACAAAACGCGUGGCCAAACAGCUUUCAGCAGCUCUCGAACACCUCCAUACUCGCGAUUUGGUGCACCGUGAUGUAAAAUUAGACAAUAUUUUAGUGUUUAAGUCGGACUUUUCGCGUAUUAAAUUGUGUGAUUUUGGCGAAACGAGGCGCGUGGGAACCGUGGUAAUGAGGAGGAACGAAUGGCUCCCGUACGCUCCGCCAGAGGUGCUGCAGGUGACAACGGAUGGAAGCUAUAUGACAAACACCUCCCACGACGUCUGGCAGUUCGGCAUUGUGAUAUUCGUCUGCCUAACCGGCUGCCUCCCUUGGCAGAAAGCUGCCCUCGACGAUCCACGCUACUCCCGCUACCACUCCUGGCAGACCAGCACCAUCCCGAUCAAAAGACAACCCAAACUCUUCAAACUGGUCUCCUCUAAAGCCCAGAAACUCUUCAAGAAGUACCUAGAACCCAAACCCGAGAAACGCCCGGCAGGACUAGCAGAAGUCUAUCGAUUCCUAGAAGACCGGUGGAUGUCCAAGGGCGGAAUGGAGAAGAGCAGCGAGCUUCCAAACGAAGACGAAGGUUUGUGCCCGUCUAUGUACAGUUUCCACAGCAGCCCUGAAGAGAAAAACAAGCUGCUUUUUUCUUUGACGCAGUACGGGCUGGAGACUACGGUUGAUAGAAGUGCGAAAAAGGACCGAAUCCGGGAGUGGAUUCAGUCGAGCGUGAUUGAAGAAGAGAACGAGGAGGAGUUGGAGGAGUUGAGUGAGGAGGAUAUCGGGAUCCACGAUAACCAGACGGGUCCUGCGGGAGAGCGCGUGGAAGCCAGGGGGCCUGUGGGUCACCCUAAGGCUAACGGGUACGAACACGAGUCUAGCAGGCAUCGACGAAAGGAUAGAAGGGCUUCUGUGGUGAGCUUGAGGAAAGCACCUGACUAUUACAUACCGCCGAUCGACCCCAGGAUUCCCCUCGAAGAACAAAAGGAGAAGAGUGCCUCUAGGAACCAAAUCAUGAACGCGAUCACACAAAACGGUACACGUAGAAGCGAAGAAGUUGACAGUAGGAAUGUUAAUUCCAAGGAUUUUUCCAUAAGCAGUGCGCUGCCAUUCCAGAAUUUGCAAGUGAUGAAUUCCUUGUCUUCCUCAAUUGAUAGUAGUGAUAGUAAUAAUACCGUGAGGCACAAUAUCAAUGUGCAGUUGCCUCAGGCUGAGAGGUACGUCUACGGGGUCGGGAGUAAGGCGAAUGGGGUUGCGAACGGGGUGAGACACAAGUCGCCGCCUAUUAAUGGGUGGGAAGUAAGUGCGCAGAAGUUGUACAGGGCUUAUUCAGCAGUGGAAGUUAGAGGGAACGGACAUCAUGGAAGGAAUAAGUAACGAUGAGUUUUGCUCAAUAAGGAGAUUCGUAUCGACUGAUUUAUAUAAUUUUGUUAUUGGUUGUACACAACGGUGUUAUUGUUAUGUACCUAUCAUAUAUGUAAAUACAGCACUUUCUUCUAUGUUAAAAAUAUGUUUGGUAUUUGUUAUAUGGAGUGAUUUCUGUUUGUUUAGAUAGGAGCAAAUAAAUAAA